UAUCAUUUGUGGAUCCCUCUCACAGUGCUGCAGAUAGGGGCUGCCAACACAUGCGGCGCGUCUGCAGGUGACGGAACAGGCAGAAUACACUGGACGCACUGAGGAAUUCAAGCAACGUUUAAAAAAAGAACUACAACGGAUUUACAUUUUUCUCAAGUUUUUUUGUGUAUUUUUGUUUUUCGAAAAAACAACGCACCCCUGAAUCUUUUUUUUUUCGUGCAUUGUGGAGUUGGCUCGCAAAAAGAAAAAACAGGAGAGAGAACUAUACAAGCCCUGUUGGUUGCAAGUGACUCGGAGGUGUGAGAGAGACAGAGAGAGAGAGAGCAGCGGUAAAGGAAGCCGGACAGGUGAUUUCACAUCCACGUCCUCGGAGAAUCGGAGAGUUGAUGAGUUUGGAAACUGCACGCGCGGGCAUUUAAAUGAUCCUCUGACAUAUGUGGACAUAUCGUCGGCACGGAGGAAUAUUUGCAGCCUCACCCGCACAGGAAAAAGGAGAUUACAACCACAAGCUGUGCGUAAAACGGCGCGACGUGGACCGAUGACACUUUCUGGUGAUGUGACAUUUGGGCUUUUACGCGCAUAAAUCCACAUAGGCCCGUUCGUGGCACCGUCCAGGGCGCACGGAGCCUCCCUGGUGUGCGUGUGUGUGUGAGUGUGUGUGCGUGAGUGUGUGGUAUUUUUUUCUUUUUCAACACCAUUGCGGUUUUUCUUUUACUAACACAAGAAAAGAGCAAGCCAGUGCCGGAGGUGGAAGAGGCAGAGGAGAGAGGGAAGCCCGUGCACUUGCUGCUUUUCACUGCAGCAGGAGCGAUGUCGGAAGUCGUCCAGAGGAUGAAGUCUUUGCGCAAACCGAGGGCUUCGCUCUGAAUGAAAAACGAUAUUCCGGACUUUCCAUCAGUGAUUACAUUUCUUUUUUUAAGGGACAUUUUUCUUCAAGCGGAACCAUGAGGACUACUGGUGCAGUGGACUAUUUGUACUAUUGCCUGCUCAUCCUGCAGCUUGUGAAUCAGCCCGCCGCCAAGCAAGUGCUCCGGUACCGCUUGGCCGAGGAGGGACCCGCCGAUGUCAGGGUGGGAAACGUCGCCGCCGACCUGGGCAUCGUCGCCGGGUCCGGAGAGGUGACAUUCACGCUGGAGUCGGGCUCCGAUUUCUUCAAAAUAGACAACAUCACAGGUGAGCUCAGCACCAACGAGCGGCGGAUAGACCGCGAGAAGCUGCAGCAGUGCCAAAUGAUAUUUGAUGAGAACGAGUGUUUUAUAGAUUUCGAGGUGUCAGUCAUCGGACCAGCCCAGAGCUGGGUCGACCUGUUUGAGGGGAAAGUCAUCAUAUUAGACAUCAACGACAACACCCCGUCUUUCCCAUCCCCUGUCCUCACACUGUCUGUGGAGGAGAACAGACCCAUUGGAACCCUGUAUCUGCUGCCCACCGCCACAGACAGGGAUUUUGGCAGAAACGGAAUAGAGAGAUACGAGCUCAUCCAGGACAAUGGCGAGAACUCGAGGCGCCUGGGCUCCAACGGGGAUUCGUACUCGGGGGGGAAGAGGAGGUUUGACGAAGGAGCGAGCAGGAGCAGCGUAUUUGAACUGCAAGUUGCUGACACCACCGAUGGAGAGAAGCAGCCUCAGCUCAUCAUUAAAGGGGCCCUCGAUCGGGAGCAGAGAGACUCCUACGAGCUCACGCUGCGCGUCAGGGACGGAGGAGACCCCCCUCGCUCCUCUCAGGCCAUCCUCAGGGUGAUGAUAACUGAUGUGAACGACAACAACCCUCGGUUCGAGAAGAGCGUGUACGAGGCGGACCUGCCGGAGAACAGCUCCCCGGGGGCCCCCAUCCUCCAGCUCAAGGCGGCGGAUGCAGACGUGGGGGUUAACGGUCAAAUAGAGUAUGUGUUCGGGGCAGCCACGGAGUCGGUGAGGAGGCUGCUGAGGUUGGAUGAGAGCACGGGGUGGCUGAGUGUGCUGCACCGCAUUGACCGUGAAGAAGUGAGCCAACUGAGGUUCACGGUAAUGGCCCGUGACCGAGGCCAGCCGCCCAAAAUGGACAAGGCUACUGUGGUGUUGAACAUUAGGGACGAAAACGACAACGUCCCUGCCAUAGAGAUACGGAAAAUUGGACGCAUUUUCUUAAAAGACGGUGUGGCCAAUGUGGCUGAGGACGUGGUGGUGGACACACCCAUUGCCUUAGUACAGGUGUCGGACCGUGACCAGGGGGAAAACGGUAUAGUGACCUGCACCGUGGUAGGGGAUGUGCCCUUUCAGCUCAAACCAGCCAGUGAAAUGGAGGGGGAGCAGAAUAAAAAGAAGUAUUUCCUCCACACGUCUGCACCACUGGACUAUGAGGCCACACAGGAAUACAAUGUGGUUAUAGUGGCUGUGGACUCUGGAAGCCCCAGUCUGGCAAGUAAUAACUCUGUUAUCGUCAAAGUCGGGGACACUAAUGACAACCCCCCUAUCUUUAGCCAGAAUGUGGUUGAGGUGUCAUUCCUAGAAAACAAUGCCCCUGGGGAGAGGGUGACAACAGUGGCAGCCAUUGACGCAGAUAGUGGGAAGAAUGCUGAAAUUGCCUAUUCCCUUGACUCAUCAGUAAAUGGGAUUUUCUCCAUCGACGCAGACAGCGGAGACAUCCGAGUAAACACCAUUCUGGACAGAGAGCAAACGGAGCGCUACGAAUUCAAAGUGAUAGCCAAAGAUAAGGGCGUAAACACCCUUCAGGGCUCUGCAACAGUGGUUGUCCUUGUGGCCGAUAAAAAUGACAACGAGCCAAAGUUCAUGCAGGAUGUGUUCACCUUCUAUGUCAAAGAGAACCUUGAGCCAAACAGCCCCGUUGGCAUGGUUACAGUCAUUGAUGCAGAUAAAGGCCAAAAUGCAGAGAUGAGUCUUUUCAUUGAGGAGGAAGAAGAGAUCUUUUCUAUUGAAAAUGACACUGGGACUAUUUUCUCCACCCUGUCUUUUGACAGAGAGCAGAAGACUACGUACACCUUCCGAGUCAAAGCUGUGGAUGGCGGUGAUCCCCCCAGAUCCGCCACCGCCACAGUUUCACUCUUUGUCAUGGAUGAAAACGACAAUGCACCGAUGGUCACUUUCCCAAUAAACAGCUCCUACACCCUUCUCCCCCCCUCCAGUAACAUCGGAACAGUUGUCAGAACAGUCAUAGCCACCGACACUGACACCGGCAUCAAUGCAGACCUGAACUACGGCAUUAUAGGGGGAAACCCCUUUAAGCUGUUUGAGAUUAAUGGCAGUUUUGGGGUUAUUUCACUGGUGGGGAAGCUGGAGCUGAAGCAUUAUGGCCUCCACAGACUGGUGGUGCAGGUGAGCGACAGGGGGCAGCCUUCACAGACCACCACCACACUGGUUCACGUGUACGUUAAUGAGACUCUUUCCAAUUCUACAGUCGUGGAGGUCCAGGUGGCAAAGAGCCUGAGCACGUCUCUCAACACAAACAUCGCUGGCGACCCCAACUAUGAUCUAAGCAAACAGCGUUUGAGCAUUGUAAUCGGAGUCGUUUCAGGCAUCAUGACAGUCAUCCUCAUCAUUCUCGUUGUUGUCAUGGCCCGUUAUUGCCGUCCCAAGAAUAAGAAUGGCUACGAGGCCGGCAAGAAGGAUCACGAGGACUUUUUUACGCCACAGCAGCACGACAAAUCCAAGAAGCCCAAGAAGGAUAAGAAGAAACAGAAAUCUAAACAGCCGCUCUACAGCAGCAUUGUCACCGUUGAGGCCUCCAAACCCAACGGGCAGCGCUACGACGGCGUCAACGAGAAGCUGUCAGACAGUCCAGGCAUGGGCCGCUACCGUUCAGUCAACGGAGGGCCCGGGAGCCCAGAUCUGGCCCGGCACUACAAGUCCAGUUCGCCGCUCCCCACUGUCCAGCUUCACCCGCAGUCGCCGACAGCUGGAAAAAAGCACCAGGCAGUUCAGGACCUGCCCCCUGCCAACACCUUUGUUGGCACCGGAGAUAACAUUUCCCUUGGAUCUGACCACUGCUCUGAAUACAGCAGUCAAACCAUCAACAAGUACAACAAACAGCCGUUUCGCCGAGUGACCUUCUCGGUGGUGAGCCAGCCCCAGGACCCUCACCAGCAGGGAUCGCUGCAGAGCUGCUACGACAGCGGCCUGGACGAGUCGGAGACGCCCAGCAGCAAGAGUUCAUCGGGCCCCCGGCUGGGCGCCCUACCCCUCCCCGAGGACAGCUACGAGAGGACAACGCCGGAUGGCAGUGUCGGUGAGGCAGAGCACUUGGAAAAUGACUCCCGGCCCUUGCCUGACGUAGCCAUGACUGGCAAGUGCACUCGGGAAUGCGACGAGUACGGCCACUCGGACUCCUGCUGGAUGCCUGUGCGCACGUCGCCCGAACGACGGCCAUCCAAGUCAACCACCACCCCCCAACAACCAAAGCUUUCCACUUUCAUGAGCGGCACUGGCAGCGGCAGCAGCAGCAGCGCCGAGCAGCCCGGCAGCCAAGAGACCCUCGCCAUGGCCGCCAUGGCCAACGGAGACCCCACCGCCGCUCACAUGAUGGGCGACCGUAAUCGCAACCUGCUCAACAAGAAGAUGGCCUCCUCCUCCUCUUCCUACGAGGCCUUUGGCUCGCCUCCUUACGGCUCACCGGGAGGCGGAGAGGAGGUGCUGGGCCACCCCACCGAGGAGAUCCCCUUGGCACCUACCGGGGAGUACAAGCCCACAUCCUGUGGCACUCUGACGCGGCGGGAGGUGUACCUGUGAGCUGGGAGGGCUAAACACACCUGCUGUGCCACCACGUAUGGCAUUAAAACACAACACUAAGCAUAGCUGCUUACCCACCACCAUUACAGCUCUUGAAGCUUUUAGCCUCCCUUGUUCUGCGCAGGGUAGGACUUAACUUUCUCCAAAGACUUUUACAACAGCUCCUUAAUGACAAAUCUAAGUGGAUAGACAAACAAAGUACCAUUUAAAGUGCUAAUUCCAGCUAUGGCCUGGAAUAAAAGAGGAGGAGGAGGAGGAAGAAGUGUUUGCAGGCACUGUUUAGACUUGGGACGAGGCUGUUCUACUGGUGAGUCGGGCUCUUGGGACACAAUCUGCUGCCUGACAGUCAAUCUGUACAAUACUCAACUCAUUUUACAUAUUCAGUACAUGCAUGCAUUACCCCCUGGUCCCUGGCCCUGUUCCCUGAAGAUGACACUAUAUAAAAAGAGACAAUUUCUUUUUUUUCUGUUCUUGAUCUUUUAUAGAAACAAAGCUGUACAUGUGGACUAUUUUGACUUCAACGUGUCUGGUUAUGCCUUUUUUUAUUUCCAUACUGGGCAAUGCUCCGGCUUCUGUGGCUGCAACAAUACAUCGGACAUGAUGGUCAUCAGUCAACGUGACUGAAAAGUUGAUAAAUAUGCAGACAAUUCAAAAUCUGACAAGGACAGAAAAGACUAAGCUUUAAUUACUCAGCCCAGAAAAUGACAUUUAUUUCAGUCCCUCCUUGAAAUGGAUGGAAAUCGGACACAUUGGAAUCUGCUGCAACAACCCUUCGUCUCAGAACGACAACCCCCACUGGUACGAUGAUGAACACGUGACGACUCUUUCUAAUUUACCGGUGUGAACACUCCUCACAGGUGACAAGUCACGCAUUGUACAUAAACAUAGGACCACGGCAACGAUGCUAACUGCUCUCAUUCCCCCCCCUUUUUUCCGUCUCGAUACCUUCCCUCAGUCUUCUCGUUCUUUGUCUUUUGAUUGGCAACCAAAACCCUCUCUUAAGAGAUGCAAGAUCUAUAGAGCCAUGACUUGUCAUAGCACUGGCUGGAAAAAAAAAGCAUGUGUGUGUGUGUAUGCACCUGGUUGUCAAUACACCUACUCUGUUUUUUCCUCAAACACACAGAGAAGCAAAUUCAUUCAACUGAGGCCAGUGGCACUGACUGAAAAUCCCUGGUAAGCACAGUGUGUGGCAUGCCGAGAUUCAAAUUAUGGAGGCGCAAUUGAAAGUGUUUGUGUGUUUGGGCCAGAUAUGCAGUAUACUGUUUAGUAUGUGUGUGUAUAGGCCAUAGCUUGUGUAUACUGUAGACCGUUAAUAGGCUUAGGAGGGCGUAGUCACGGCCAAGCUGGUCCUACAACAGCUGCAAGGACGGCCUUUUACUGUCAUUCCUUUAUUUUUUACUUUUUUUGUUGUGUGAUAGACUGAGCAAUAAAUAUCAUAAUGUACACGUGACCAACCAGCAUCAACUUCUUUUUCCACCACUUCUCCGCGAGUCAACCCACAUUCGGCCGACACCAGAGCCCCCCCCUUUUUUUCUAGCACUCGUAUAGAUGCUGCUUUCCAUGGAAGGUGGUGAAGGCAUCUUUGAGCACGAAUGUAAGAAUCAGCUCAAUGGAAGAACAAUAAAAAAAAAAGAAGCAACGACUGAACGUGCAGAUACCGUACUGGGAAGUUUUAUUGCGUUACAGACUGGAGGCUGGGGAAAAAAAAAAUAUGGUGUCAAAGUAAAACCAAAGCUUCUCUUGCAGGAUGAAGCAUCCCCCCCCCCCUCCCUCCAUUUACACACAAAAAUAGCUUUCCGGGAGAAGUUUGCUUUAAGUACACAUUACACGAGGGAUUUUUUUCUUUGAUUGAAGGCUUGAGUCAGAAAUGAUAAGAAAUGUGGCGUCUCAGCAAAACAUCCAUUUACAUGCACGCUUGAUGACCACUCACACACAUACACUCAAAAUGUUGAGAUUGUUGUGCCUCCUUGUCCACGGUGGGGUUUUUUUUCUGUUCUCGCAGCUGCAGAGGCGUAAACUCUCUCGACUGUAUUAAAGCAAAAGAAUAUCAGAUGCAAUGGAACUUUUUUGUAUGCUAGCAAAAACCCCUUUGGUUUAAACGGAGCUGCCCUUUUCCAGCGCUCCGGGCCGUCUAUAGUCUGUAAGUAGUACUCGUCGUUGGAAAGAAAGUGCUCCUAUACUUAUCAACUGUAUACAUGAAUAUUUACUUUUUACUGCACGUUUAAUGGGAACUUACUUCACUUACUGAGAAGGAAGAAGAAAAAAAAACUGUAAAACAAAAUGUACAAAAAAAAUGUUAUCGCUGUGAACAUGGAGAUCCACCUUGUUGCUUGCUUUUGUUAUACCUGAAGAGACAUUAGCCAUUGAUCAGACAACUUAGUACAGUUAAGACUCCACAUACAGGAUUUUCUUUACAUUUUCUUUUAAUAGUUAAUUUCACCGUUGUCUCUCGUAUCACUACACAAUCUCAAAUCUUUCAUAUGUCUCAUUUCUAUCAACUUUCUACCAUGAAAACUGCAAUUUUUUACCUUGUAUUCUUUCUUUUCUAAUCCCACACAUUGAUUUGUUACACGAUAACAGUCAGAAAACCAUGGAAACGAUCACAACAGUGUACUAUGUGUUUGACUUUUCUUUAUCUGGUGCCACUUUGUAUAUUUAGAGUGCUUCUGAAAAAAAAAAAACAUAAAAAAAACAACAACAUACUAGAGUGAAUGCAAAUAUGCAAUUGUGCCUUUUUAUACCAAUGGGUAUGAUGAAAUGUUGGUUUGGAACGGUGCAUAAACAAUGACACGCUGACAAAAAGCA